GAUUGGCAGAGAGGGGUGGAGGACAGUGAAUGGAGGCCAAUGGAGGGAUUGGCAGAGAGGAGUGGAGGACACUGAAUGGAGGCCAGUGGAGGGAUUGGCAGAGAGGGGUGGAGGACAGAGGGUGGAGGACAGUGAAUGGAGGCCAGUGGAGGGAUUGGCAGAGGGGGGUGGAGGACACUGAGUGGAGGCCAGUGGAGGGAUUGGCAGAGGAGGGUGGAGGACACUGAGUGGAGGCCAGUGGAGGGAUUGUCAGAAGGGGGUGGAGGACACUGAAUGGAGGCCAGUGGAGGGAUUGGCAGAGGGGGGUGGAGGACACUGAAUGGAGACCAGUGG